UUCUUUCUCAUUCUCUAAAACAUGAGAAACUCGAAGCCGUUAUCUCUCAUCUUCUGCACUCUACUUUUCGCCACAAUUUCAACCCCAGUAAGUAACCACAAAAUUAUCCCUCAAAAGGAGACCAAUCUGAUAGAAGAAACUUGCAAGCAAACACCCCAUCAUGACCUCUGCGUUCAAUACCUCUUAUCUGACCCGCGUAGUUCCAAUGCAGAUGUCACAGGGUUAGCACUAAUCAUGGUUAACGUAAUCAAAGCCAAAGCAGACAAUGCCUUGGACAAAAUCCACCAACUGCUUCAGGAAGGAUCUGAAACUGAUCAAAAGGAAGCACUUAUUUUGUGUGCUGGUCGAUACAAAGCAAUUCUGGAAGCUGAUGUGCCGCAAGCUGUUGCAGCUUUGCAGAAAGGGGACCCAAAGUUUGCAGAAGAUGGUGCAAAUGAUGCUGUUGUUGAAGCCACCUCUUGUGAGAAUAGCUUCUCUGGGAAAUCACCACUCACUUAUCACAACAAUGCUAGGCAUGAUGCUGCAGCCACAACUGCGGCUAUUGUUAGACAAUUGCUCUAG